GGGAGGAGUUAACUCCGGAGGUACCGGCUGGGCUCACUGUACCUGCCGCCGCCGCCGCCGCCGGUGGGAGGGACGAGGAAGCGGGAGCCGCCUGGGCGCCAGGAGCGCUCUAGUCUGGCGGGGCGCAGCGCGAGGAGCGGGCGGCAGGGGCUCCGCGCGGCUGGGGGCGUCCGCCAGGGGGCGCGCCGCGACGGGGCGGGUGGAGCAGCCUGGUUUGGGGAAUUAGCACCAAGGACGGGCGCGCGCGCAGGUCCCCAGCACAUCUGGGCGAGAGCGGCGCCGCUGGAGCCGAGGCGGCCGCCGAGCGCAGAUCUGGAGCAGCAGAGCCACGGCGCAGCUGGGGCCCUUCGAGGCGCUCGGGGCGCACAUCUGGGACCUCGAGGGGGGGCCGUGCCGCGCGCAGCUGGACCAGGGGAGGGGGGCGGCGGCUGCACAGCUGGACCGAGGGGGGCGGGGUCGGCCCUGGGCGACCCGCUGAGGGGAGGGCCGCGGGCCGCGGGGGACUGGAGCAUGGGACGGCGCGCCUGAAGGAGCAGGAAGGGGACGAAGAGGCCUGGGACCCCGAAAAGAGAAGAAGAGAGCGAGGGGACGAGAGCGGAGGAGGAAGAUGCAACUGACUCGCUGCUGCUUCGUAUUCCUGGUGCAGGGUAGCCUCUAUCUGGUCAUCUGUGGCCAGGAUGAUGGUCCUCCCGGCUCAGAGGACCCUGAGCAUGAUGACCACAAGGGCCAGCCCCGGCCCCGGGUGCCUCGGAAGCGGGGUCACAUCUCACCUAAGUCCCGCCCCAUGGCCAAUUCCACUCUCCUAGGGCUGCUGGCCCCACCUGGGGAGGCUUGGGGCAUUCUUGGGCAGCCCCCCAACCGCCCGAACCACAGCCCCCCACCCUCAGCCAAGGUGAAGAAAAUCUUUGGCUGGGGCGACUUCUACUCCAACAUCAAGACAGUGGCCCUGAACCUGCUCGUCACAGGGAAGAUUGUGGACCAUGGCAACGGGACCUUCAGUGUCCACUUCCGACACAAUGCCACAGGCCAGGGCAACAUCUCCAUCAGCCUCGUGCCCCCCAGUAAAGCUGUAGAGUUCCACCAGGAACAGCAGAUCUUCAUCGAAGCCAAGGCCUCCAAAAUCUUCAACUGCCGGAUGGAGUGGGAGAAGGUGGAACGGGGCCGCCGGACCUCGCUUUGCACCCACGACCCAGCCAAGAUCUGCUCCCGAGACCACGCUCAGAGCUCAGCCACCUGGAGCUGCUCCCAGCCUUUCAAAGUCGUCUGUGUCUACAUCGCCUUCUACAGCACGGACUAUCGGCUGGUCCAGAAGGUGUGCCCAGAUUACAACUACCAUAGUGAUACCCCCUACUACCCAUCUGGGUGACCCGGGGCAGGCCACAGAGGCCAGGCCAGGGCUGGAAGGACAGGCCUGCCCAUGCAGGAGACCAUCUGGACACCGGGCAGGGAAGGGGUUGGGCCUCAGGCAGGGAGGGGGGUGGAGAGGAGCAGAUGCCAAGUGGGACCAGGGCCAAGUCUCAAGUGGCAGAGAAAGGGUCCCAAGUGCUGGUCCCAACCUGAAGCUGUGGAGUGACUAGAUCACAGGAGCACUGGAGGAGGAGCGGGCUCUCUGUGCAGCCUCACAGGGCUUUGCCACGGAGUCACAGAGAGAUGCUGGGUCCCCGAGGCCUGUGGGCAGGCCGAUCAGUGUGGCCCCAGAUCAAGUCAUGGGAGGAAGCUAAGCCCUUUGUUCUUGCCAUCCUGAGGAAGGACAGCGACAGGGAGGGGGAGAUUUCAUCAGUGUGGACAGCCUGUCCACUUAGGAUGGAUGGCUGAGAGGGCUUCCUAGGAGCCAGUCAGCAGGGUGGGGUGGGGCCAGAGGAGCUCUCCAGCUCUGCCUAGUGGGCAACCCUGAGCCCCUUGUCGUGUGCUGAGCAUGGCAUGAGGCUGAAGUGGUGACCCUGGGGUCUUUGAUGUCUUGACAGAUUGACCAUCUGUCUCCAGCCAGGCCACCCCUUUCCAAAAUUCCCUCUUCUGCCAGCACUCCCCCUCUACCACCCAUUGCUGAUGGCACACCCAUCCUUAAGCUAAGACAGGACGAUUGUUGUCCUCCCACACUAAGGCCACAGCCCAUCUGCGUGCUGUGUGUCCCUCUUCCACCCCAGCCCCUGCUGGCUCCUCUGGGAGAGUCCAUGCCCCAGAGAGGGGUCCCUCAACAGUCAGCAUCACCUGUCAGACCGGGGUUCUCCCGGAUCUGGAUGGCGCCGCCCUCUCAGCAGCGGGCACGGGUGGGGCGGGGCCAGGCCGCAGAGCAUGUGCUGGAUCUGUUCUGUGUGUCUGUCUGUGGGUGGGGGGAGGGGAGGGAAGUCUUGUGAAACCGCUGAUUGCCGACUUUUGUGUGCAGAAUCGUGUUCUUGGAGCAGGAAAUAAAGCUUGCCCUGGGGCACUGGA